AUGCCCUUCGCUCGCUCGAAGGGGGCUGGCGCUUUAGCCAUGCUGUCCUGGUCGCUUUCCCUGCUCCUGGGACCCACGCUUGCGGUUGCUGCCUCGGCCUCGGACUACUAUGUCCACUCACUUCCCGGGGCGCCUGACGGCCCUCUCUUGAAGAUGCAUGCUGGUCAUAUCGAAGUCAACCCCGAAAGUAACGGCAACCUAUUCUUCUGGCAUUUCCAGAACCGGCACAUCGCAAACAGACAGCGCACAGUCAUUUGGUUGAAUGGUGGCCCGGGAUGUAGUUCAAUGGACGGUGCGCUCAUGGAGGUUGGUCCUUACCGUCUUAAAGAUGACCAUACGCUGGAGUACAAUCCGGGCUCAUGGGAUGAAUUCGCCAAUCUACUCUUUGUCGAUCAGCCUGUGGGUACUGGAUUCAGCUACGCGAAUACUGACAGCUACCUCCAUGAGUUGAAUGAGAUGUCAGCCCAUUUCAUGAUCUUCUUGGAGAAAUUCUUCGAGACCUUCCCCGAGUAUGAACGAGACGAUAUUUACUUGGCAGGUGAAUCCUACGCUGGUCAACAUAUCCCUUAUAUCGCCAAGGCCAUCCAGGAGCGCAAUCGGGCGGCGGAGAAGAACGGCACAACACAAUGGCCAGUGAAGGGUCUGCUCAUCGGUAACGGGUGGAUUUCGCCCGCAGAACAGUACCCGUCAUACUUCGAAUACGCGCAAAGGGAGAACCUGAUUCAGCAAGGAACGGAGACCUACAAGGCUGUCGAAGCCAUGAACACAGUGUGCUUAUCCAAACUGGAAACGGGCGAGAACAAGAACAAGUUGAGCCUUGACGAGUGUGAGGCGGUCUUGCAGAAUAUGCUGGCUCUUACCCGCGACGAAAAAACAUGCUACAAUAUGUAUGAUGUGCGCCUGACAGAUGAGUAUCCGUCAUGUGGCAUGAACUGGCCUCCAGACCUUGUGAAUGUGGAGCCCUAUCUUCAGCGUGCGGAUGUAGUGAAGGCCUUGAACAUUAACCCAGCAAAGAGGACCGGCUGGCAGGAAUGCAGCGGCCUUGUGAGCAAUGUAUUCAAGGCAGCCCACUCCGUUCCCGCAAAGCAGUUUCUUCCCGACUUAAUUGAAUCAGGAAUCAACGUCCUGCUAUUCAGCGGUGAUAAGGAUCUGAUCUGCAAUCAUAUCGGAACUGAGACUCUGAUCCAUAACAUGCAAUGGAAAGGCGGUGUCGGCUUCGAGACCUCGCCGGGUGUUUGGGCGCCCCGCCACGAUUGGACCUUUGAGGGUAAACCAGCCGGUCUAUAUCAAUACGCCCGCAACCUGACCUAUGUUCUCUUCUAUAAUGCCAGUCACAUGGUUCCCUUCGACCAGCCCCGCCAAACUCGUGACAUGCUCGACCGCUUUAUGAAGGUCGACAUCGCCAGUAUCGGUGGAAAGCCCACAGACUCCCGUAUCGACGGUGAGAAAUUGCCGCAGACUUCUGUCGGCGGUCAAUCGAACAGUACCGCCGCUCAGGAGCAAGAGCAACAGAGAAUCAAAGAGUCAGAGAUGCACGCCUAUGCCAAAUCAGGCGAAGCCAUCCUGGUUGUGGUCAUUAUCGGUGUCACAGUCUGGGGCUUCUUCAUCUGGCGUAGCCGCCGUUCUCACAAGGGCUACCGGGGUGUGAAACGUGCAGAGAUGAAUGGUGGAUCGGUGCUGAACCAAUUCCAAAAUAAGCGUACCACGAACGAUGUGGAGGCCGGUGACUUUGACGAGUCUGAGCUGGAUCAACUCCAAUCCCCUAUCGAUCGGGAUCAUUAUGCUGUUGGUGAUGUGAGUGAUGAUGACACGGUCUCUGAUUCGCAUCCUCAUCUGGCAAAUGGCCACCGUGACUUGUCAUAA